CUUGCGACAGUCAGGUGGGGUCGAAGGGAGAUAAAUCGGGAGGCUGCUCACGCUACCAGGGGACGCGCUAAGAUACACAGUCGUACACGAACGAUCAUCCACUGCGCACGUUUCUACAACCCCAGUUAGACUACCCUUUUACGAGAUGUGGGAUGACGUAGAGGACGAAACUCCAGAGCAGCCCGAACCGGUGCCCGAGGAGGCCCCGGCUGCUUCUGAAGCCGAACCCGGUAAGGAGGGCGCCCAGCAAGCCAAGCCUGAGGAAGCCGAACCUCCACCACCAGAGAACCCCAACGACUCAUCAGAGCCCAGGCGGCUCGUAUUCAAGCACUGGUGCAGGCCGAAGUUCCUCCAGUACAACUACAUUUACGACUACCAAAAGAACUACUACGAUGACCUGAUCACGUACUUGGACCGAAGGAACAAGGGACAACGUGUCGAGCCGCCGCGGGCGCAGACCUGGGGCGAGCGCGCCCUCCGGACCUACUUGGCCAACAGACCGAUUACCUACACCCAAAAAUCCAAAAACCAAGAUCAAUCGUUACUCCAUCACAUUUCCGUAGGCGCCAAGUUCCAGCGUUACCACACGAAGUCUCUUAUCUCGAGGAAGUAUUCUAAUCUCGGAUUCACCAGCGUCUCCAUCUAGCUUCGCUUUGAAACCCUCGCUAAAGAUUGCUUCGCGGAAUCGGUUCCGGUCCACAAGCUUGACCUUGUUCUCAAUGUUACAGGAUCUCGCUGUCAUGAUGCAGACCCAGCUUCCCAUGGACCGUUAACUGUGUAUGAUCGGAUGCCGUCCGCAUUCCUAAAAUAUAAUUUAAAUUUGUCUUAUUAUGGGUAAGACAAUAAAUACUUUUAAGUUUA